AGUUGAAUAUAGCAUGACAGCUCUGCUCCCACCUGGCAUUACUUACUCACUCGGACCACAUUAACGGCCGCUGUGAGAAGCUGCAAACAAGUUACGCAAACCAGCAAUUUGUCAAGCAAGCGUGUUUUAUUUCUAGAGGAUUUUCUACAUUUAAGACACCAUGCGUGAAUGUAUCUCCGUCCAUGUGGGCCAGGCUGGCGUCCAGAUGGGUAAUACCUGCUGGGAACUGUACUGUCUGGAGCACGGCAUUCAGCCGGAUGGCCAGAUGCCCUGCCACACGCCUGUGGGAGGCCACGAUGACUCCUUCACCACCUUCUUCAGUGAGACUGGAGCUGGGAAGUAUGUCCCAAGAGCAAUCUUCGUUGACCUGGAGCCCACUGUCAUUGAUGAGGUGCGUACAGGAACUUACCGCCAGCUCUUCCAUCCUGAACAGCUGAUCUCAGGGAAGGAGGAUGCAGCCAACAACUAUGCCCGUGGACACUACACCAUUGGCAAAGAGAUCAUUGACUCUGUCCUCGACAGAAUCCGCAAACUGGCUGACCAGUGCACUGGUCUCCAAGGAUUCCUGGUCUUCCACUCCUUCGGUGGUGGCACUGGCUCUGGUUUCACAUCUCUGCUGAUGGAGAGACUCUCUGUCGACUUUGGCAAGAAGUCCAAGCUGGAGUUUGCCAUCUACCCAGCUCCCCAGGUAUCCACAGCUGUAGUGGAGCCCUACAACUCCAUCCUGACCACCCACACCACCCUGGAGCACUCUGACUGUGCCUUCAUGGUGGACAACGAGGCCAUCUAUGACAUCUGCCGCAGGAACCUUGACAUUGAGCGUCCGUCCUACACCAACCUCAACAGGCUCAUCAGCCAGAUUGUCUCCUCUAUCACUGCCUCACUUCGCUUUGAUGGAGCCCUGAAUGUUGAUCUGACAGAGUUCCAGACCAACUUGGUGCCAUACCCCCGUAUCCACUUCCCUCUGGCCACCUAUGCCCCGGUCAUCUCUGCUGAGAAAGCCUAUCAUGAGCAGCUGUCAGUGGCUGAGAUCACCAAUGCCUGUUUUGAACCAGCAAACCAGAUGGUGAAGUGUGAUCCUCGUCAUGGUAAAUACAUGGCCUGCUGUCUGCUGUACCGUGGUGACGUGGUGCCCAAAGACGUCAAUGUGGCUAUUGCUGCCAUCAAGACCAAGCGCACCAUCCAGUUUGUGGACUGGUGCCCCACAGGCUUCAAGGUGGGCAUCAACUACCAGCCUCCUACGGUGGUUCCUGGAGGAGACCUGGCCAAGGUGCAGAGGGCUGUGUGCAUGCUGAGCAACACCACAGCCAUCGCUGAGGCCUGGGCCCGUCUGGACCACAAGUUUGACCUCAUGUAUGCCAAGAGGGCCUUUGUCCACUGGUAUGUAGGGGAGGGCAUGGAGGAAGGAGAGUUCUCUGAGGCCAGGGAAGACAUGGCUGCCCUGGAGAAGGAUUAUGAAGAAGUGGGCAUCGACUCAUUUGAGGAGGAUGAGGAAGGAGAAGAAUAUUAGAUAUGCUGAGCAUUCAUUUGGAAAAUUUUGAUUUGUUUCAUAGCAAAGUGUUUCAGUUGUUAGCUCCACAUUAAGAAAAACUGUCUUUUUCAUUAUAUUUUUAAAUUUCAUCUGAAAGGAGAGGCUUGUAACUGAUGACUGAAAUCUUAUUUUUGACAGUACUGUCAUUUGUGUCCUUACCUAACUAAUUUCCGUUUUUAUCAAAAAGCUGAAACAUUUUUUUUUUUUAAAUGUUGAGCCCCUCUGUGUUGUUGCUAAAUAAAAAAAAACUCA